AUGCGACCUGUGCUGGCCCACUUGGCGGCCUUCCCGGUCAGUGGUCCGCGGGAGGCGAACAUCAACUUGAUCGCGAACAACAUCGCGUCGUGGGCAAUCUUCAUCCCGCUGGCCUACCUCAUGCCCAUCCAAUGGGGGUGGGGACUGCCUGGCUUUUGGUGGUCCGACCUGGCCGGCGAAGUCUUCAAGGUGGUCGUCUUGGCGUGGGCAGUGAGCAGGGUCGACUGGGCCGAAGCCGCACGCGAGGCGCAGGCGAGGGCAGGCGUCGAGAGCGAGGCAUCCGCCCGCGGCGUCGCAUCGAUCAUCGCCAUGAGCCGUGCGAGCGUCAGAGCGAGCAAGGUUGACUAA